AUGGUUACAUCAUCUAGUAAACAGGUCCUUCCGUCUGAUGUUCGACCUCUAUCGCUACAUGAACAAUUCUCACUCUGUCGUCGACAUGCAGGAUACCCCAAUAUAAUCUCGGUAAUCGUUGCAUAUCCCACUGUCUUCCAUUCCGAAGAACACUCCAAGGAAAAGGUUGAUCAAGUACAAGAUUUCCCCUCGGAAGAAUACUUGAAAAGGAGGAUAGAUCAAUUACAAGAUAAAUUACCCAUCUUACAUUCUCGUUUACGAAAAGGAUGUUUCGAACCUGGUGAAAGAUGGUCUGUUGGGGAUAUCUUACGUCGGGAGGUGGUCCCUAACGAUGGUUUGUCCGAUGAACAACGAACAGAGGGGAGAGAUACCAAAGGAGAAGAUGGAGAAGGAGAGGAACAAGAGACGUUGAUGAACUAUUUAAUAGAAAGAGAAAUUAGGAGAAUGGAAAGACAACCUCUUCAUGGACCUAUGUGGCAAGUCACCUUGUUCACUAGACCAUCAACAACCUCUACUAUAUCUCAAUCAGAUCAAGAAAACCAGGAUCAAAUAACCGACCAUAUAUCUUACCUCACCUUGAGCGUAUUCCACGAACUGAUAGAUGGUCGUGGUAUACUCCAUUUACUAUCUGCCUUACUAUCUUCAUCAGACAUAAAACAAGAACCAUUCCGUACUUCUCUCCUGGAAGAAACACAUUAUAUUAAACCACCUAUAUGGUAUAUCUUGCCCAUCGCAUUUCAAUCUCUUUUACUUCCUCUCUUACCUGAAUUCGUCCAGAGGUACUUUGAAAAGCCUCGACCUUGGCCAAAGAAGACGGAGACGAAGGAAAAUCCUUUGGAUGUAGAUUGGACUCAAACCACGGUCGGGCUGUCUGAAAAUGUGGUGAAUGGUUUGAAGGUGAAGACGAGGGAAAAUGGAGUGACUUUACAUUCUGUGUUCACUAUCGGACUAGGAUGGGCAUUGAGGGACGUCAUGGGGGUUCAAGAUGAUGACGGGGAAGUCAAGGGGAAAAUGUUGUUACAUACCACUCAUCCGAAAGAUGAACGUUCUCCUACCGUUGGACAUUCGGCUAUCGUCGGGAAUUACGUAUCUCACUUGUCGGUGGAUUUCGAGUUACCUCUUUCUUCGAGGGAUGAGUUUAGAGUCUUCACAUCGAAAUCGUCUGCAUCGACCGCAUCUACUCCCUUGACCCCAUCGACCCUGUCUAACGGAUUGGUGGAGACGAAUGUUCCUGUCAAACAUAUCUCAAAUGGGGAAUUCUCAAUCACAAAAGGUCUGAAUCUCACUUCUUCAGAUAUGACUCCAACGUCAUCAGUGGGAACGAUGAACCGUGAAGAUUUCUUCUGGGAGUCAACACGUCAAGUAGGUAUACAAUUGAAAGAUGACAAAAAGAUAAGAGAAGGACGUUGGGGCAUAGGUUUAUUAGAAUAUGUUCCUAAGAAAUUUGUUGGACCUCUUCAUUUGACUCCUCAAAAUGUUUCUUCUCAGGAUUCUCAAAAUGAUUCAUUUGAGGAUGAUGUUGAAGAUGGAAGAGUUGUAAAGUUGAGUGAUACAAAAGACCAAUCCAAUGAAUCCGGAAUGAGGAAAAGAAAUCAAAAUAAACCAAUAUUGGUCAAAUCCAAAGGUCAAAUACAACAAUCAAAUACGAAUACGAAUACGAAUACGAAUACGAGUACAGGUAGCCCCACUGAGGUUAUAGACUACGACACAGAAACAGGUUGGGAAACUUUUUUCAUUUCUGAAACUCGUAAAAUUCCUUUCUCAACCAGUAUAUCAAAUUCAAACCUCGGUUUUUACACUUUACCACCUUAUGCGACCGAUCUCAUUUGGGGAUCAAGUUCGACGGCUUUCGGACCCGCUUUGAACGUUUCUAUCAUUGGACAUGAGCGUGGGGUGAGAGUGGGGAUGUCUUGUAGGCUUGGGGCCGCUUUGGGAAUGGAUGAGUUGGAUGGAGUGGGGAAGAGGUUCAAGAGGAUGAUGAGUGAUUUAGCGGGGGUGAAGUAG